CGUAUAAAACAAACUUAUAUCACCUUUUAAAAAUAACUAAUAAUUAUAAGAAUAACAAGAUGAAUGAAAAAUAUAUUCAAACCAAAAUAAUGAAUUAUCUAAAGAAGCUAAAUAUUCAGUCCAAAAUAAAAUAUUUGUUUAUAUUGGUGUAGACAGUAAAUUUCGAUGUAAUAACCAUAAACUGAAACAAGAAAAAAAAUCUAAACAUUUGGGUUGGUUACUUGUCUCAUUGCCUCUUGUAGAACCAACCAGACUAGAUCAUAUAUGCGGUCGAGUCUAUGAAACAGUUUGUCAGCUCUUUUAGAAAAUCAUAUAUAAAAUCAUGGUGGAACGGAUGGCUAUCAUUUUGCCUUCCAUUAUCUCACCAGAGCAGAAUGGGUUUAUGCGUGGUCUCCAGAUCGUUGACAAUGUGUUGAUUGGUCAUGAAGUUAUGCAUUACCUCAAGGUCAAAAAGCAAGGGAAGAAAGGUUACUUGACUCUGAAGGUUGACAUGGGAAAUGUCUAUGAUAGAGUCGAAUGGUAUUUCUUGCUUGCAAUUAUGGCUAAGAUGGGUUUUAGUCACCAAUGGGUUGGAUGGGUACAGGAAUGCGUCUUGACGGUGACAUUCUCUGUGAUGAUGAAUGGAACGCCUAUAGGGUAUUUCCGGUCUACGCGAUGGCUCCGGCAGGGGGACCCCUUGUCUCCGCUACUUUUUGCUGGGGUAAAGAUUAGCCCUCAAGGUCCUAUUAUCUCGCAUUUGUUCUUUGCUGAUGAUUCCUACUUGUUCUUACAGGCUUCUAAGUUGGAAUGUGAAACGUUGCUUAAGCUGCUGCAAGAUUAUCAGGACUUGAGUGAUCAGAAAAUGAAUUUGAGCAAGUAUGUUGUGUGUUUCAGUGGUAAUGUUGACCCACCGAACGCGGAGGAAAUGGCAUUCAUCCUAGGGGUGGGGGAAAUUAGUCUCCAGGAUAGAUACAUGGGGAUUCCUUGCUUGGUUAAACACUUUAAGGUUGAGACGUUUAGAUACUUGGAGGAGCGAUUGUUGGCCAAACUGCAGGGGAAGGAGGUGCUUCUUAAAGCGGUCGUUGUGGCUCUUCCUAUCUACGUUAUGUCUUGUUUCCUCUUACCAGUGACGCUAUGUCGUAAGUUGGAUAAGCACAUGACCCGUUUUGGUGGGGCUAUUCGGUGGAGAAAGUCAAGGCUCACUGGGUCUCCUGGCAGAACUUAUGUCGGAGUAAGUUCGAGGGUGGUAUUGGGUUCAGGCGUUUUGGAAAUUUUACCCAGGCUCUGUUGGCUAAAGUUUCUUGGAGAAUUUGGAAGGAGCCUGAGACGCUUGUGGCUCGUCUUCUUAAGGGUAAGUACUUUGCUCGAACUACUAUUUUCACUAUUGUCCAUGGACCUCGGCCAUCAAGGGGGUGGACAAGUGUGCUGCAUCGGAGGGAUCUUCUUUGCAAGCAGUGGCAGAGGGAGAGGGUAACAGGGUGGGUCCCGAGACCCACCCUGAUUCGGGGCAAAAUGGUUAAAUUAGGUACAAUAGUUAAUUGAUAACGAAAACUAGGUCGCGUUUAGUUGAGAAUAGUUGGUCGAAAAGUUUUGUGUUUGAAUCUUGGCGACCUCAUUUCUUAAGCAUACGGUAUACACAUUUGUGCAAACAUCAAUUUCGUAUAAGUUGACUUUCUUAUAAGGAGCAUGGUAGAAAAUGGUAUAAUAUAUUAUUGAAAUCUUCCAACAACUCGAUUUAUUGAUACUAAAUAUUUUUUUAAGAUCAUUCGAAAGCGAACGAUCAGAUAAAUCAUGAAUUAUUGGUUGGCAUAAGAUUUAUUAUUAAACCUCUAUCAACAACUCGAGGUAUUGACACUAACGGUUCUUAACAAAGAACACCAUUUGAAACACUACGACUAACUAAAUCAAUGAUUGUUUGGUAUAUAUGCAGAGUGAUAUUCUUGAUAUUUUCGAUUGCUAAUGCAUUUUAAUUUAUCAAAAAAUUCAACGUAAGAUUAUAUUCAAAAAACUAUUUUAUCAUAUUUAUUUUUUCGAGGUGGGCGCCACCUUAAACUGAAUCCUGGCUACGCCACUAUUUGCAAGGGACUUAUUUGGCAGAUUGGGGAGGGGACUCAGGUGAGUGUUUUGAGGGAUAACUGGAUCCCGGGAGUCCGCCCAAAAGACCUUGUUCUUCGGCCUUCGGCUCCAGUGCUUUCGAAUGUAACGGUGGAGUCCUUAACAGUCCUGGGAAUGGGACGUUUGUGUCUGGAGUGCUUAGACCAAUGCUUUUCACUGGAGGUAGUCUAGGCCAUUCAACCGAUCCCGUUGCCCAAGUUGCCAGUGAGAUCUGGCUAUCAUCUGGCUUUCCAGUUAAGUAGAAGGCUGCCAGGCUAGAAAGAUGAGGUCUCCUUUGUUAUAUGGAGUUUUGGAAGAAAAUAUGGAAUUUUCUCAUUCCUGCCAAACUAAAGUUCUUUGUGUGGCAAAUUAUGAAGCGAGUUUUGCCCACUUCUGAAGCGAUUUUGGAGAAGGGCGGUACUAUUCCUAUUGAUUUGGGGGAAUUGUUGGGGAUGACCUCCCGAUCUCUCCUAAAUGCCUAGUUUGUUGGGCACCGUUACGUUGGAGACGAUUGAGCAUUUGUUCCUAUCGUGUCGGGUUGCGGUUUCCUUAUGGAAUGGGUCGAGACUGGAUGGUGGUCCAAUGAUGACUGCUCCGCUAAAUUUUGCUAUGUUUUUUCGACGAUUUGUAGAACAUGAUGCAGGGGUAGAGCAGAUUGUGCGUUUCAUAAUGUUGUUGUGUAGGACAUGGAAGAGCCGGAAUCGGCUGGUAUUUGAGCAUGUCCAGUACGACAUUAGGCGUCUGGUGCGUCAGUAUGAAGAGCAGGUCCGCGAAUGGUUGGCAUUUUUGCAACCGGGGACGGGGUAGGGUUUGCAAUGGCGGAGGCAUGAUGGUGCGACUCGGAGUCAGCAGGGGCAUAAGUAACCUUUCUUGCUAUGUUGAUGGGGCGGUUUCACAUGGGUCUCAUAGUGCAGGAGGGGGGUGGUCUGGGAUGCGAUGGGGGUAUUCAUUAUAUUAAAUGAUUUUAUUAUGCAAGGCUUGUGGAUCCUUUUUUGGUUGAAUUGGUAGCUUUACGGGAUGGAAUUCAGUGGUGCUCUUUGAAGGGUCUAGCUGAGGUGAUGUUUUGUGGGGAUGUGAAGGUGGUUAUCGAGAAAAUUCAUAGAAUGGAUGUCCGUGAUGUGCGGGGUGGAAGGAUUUUGAUGGAGAUUGGGAGUUUUCGACAACAGUUAGGGAGCUUUGGGAUUUCUUUUGUUGGCAGGAGUAACAACCGGAUGGCUCAUGAUGUGGGCAGGUAGGAAGACCCUUUUUUUGUUGCCUACGACUGUAGGAACUUUUGAUUUUGAACAUUAGUUUUCCUUUGAGUUGUAAACGAUACUAGCUUUUUGCCUUGGUAAUACAAGGGAUUUAUUGAU